AAUUCCACCCAGCAAGUUGGACCAACCACAUCCUACUCCACGGUGGUCCACCAUGUCCAUGUCAGUGUCCAACAGUGGCAGCGUGCGCCUGGUCUUCUUAGGAGCUGCCGGGGUCGGUAAGACUGCUCUGAUCCAGCGCUUCCUCUACGACCGCUUUGAGGCCAGACACAGGCGCACGGUGGAGGAGAUACAUUGCCUGGAUCCAGAACCCGGUGCUCUCCAGCUUCAAAUUGAGAUCUUGGACACCAGUGGUAGCUACUCCUUCCCAGCCAUGCGCAAGCUGAGGAUCCAGCAAGGAGAUGCCUUUGCCUUGGUCUUCUCUCUUACCGACCCAGCCUCCUUCCAGGAGGUAGAGAGACUAAGGGAAGAGAUCCUUAGAGUCAAGGGAGAGACCAAUGUACCCAUAGUGGUGGUGGGAAACCAGACCGACCUCUUCCCCGGGGUAGAACCUGGAGCUGGUCAGCUAAUGGCUCUUCACGCAGCUGCCACCGCAGAACUGGAGUGGGAGAGCGGUUAUAUAGAGACCUCUGCUAAGGUCAACCACAAAGUAGAGGACGUUUUUGAGGAGCUACUCCGCAGAGUGAACUCGCCUUGCUGGUUAAGCCCGGCUCUAGAAAGACGCAGAGCCAGCGCACAACCAGAGCCAAGGAGAAGACAGCAGCGCAGAAGUCAGCAGAACUGCACCGUGUCUUAAACACCCUGACUUCUUAAAGGUUGAGACUUUGAGGACCACAAGCAGCUGCUAAUUUCAAGGACUGUUUGGUGCCAUAGGCACCUUGCCCCAUCGAGUUUGGGGUCCCUGGGUUCAUCCCACAGAUGAGAACUUAUGUAGUGAGCUAAAGGAGAACAAAAAAAACUGUAUGAACUGCAGAGGUCCUACUGACUUGGAGAAUGUCUCCGGGGGUUGAAAUAAGGUAUUGAACCGUGGCCUACGGUGAGGGCACAUAGACUGAUCUGUAAGAUUCGGGGUUACUGGGUAGACGUAAGAGUGAACGGUGCUGCAGACCAAGCAUCCUGGAAAUGUUUACUCUACCAGGGAGGGAAUCAUUCCUUAUUCCUUAAGGAAAAUAUUUGCUUAGUGUGAGCACAUGGCCGUGUUUUGUAGACCAAGGAACUAGGUGGGUCUCCAGUGGCUACCUUUUCCCUAAACUGAUCUGUUCUUCACGUGUUUAUCUGUGAUCAGAAUCCUGUCGUUACCAUCGAAUGUUUGCAUAUCAGUGUAAAUGAUCACGUUCCAAAGUAUGUAUAUUUACCGUUUUGUUUUUUUUUCCAAUAAAAA